CGAUGUGGUACUUAUAAUCAGUAUUUUAGAAGAAAAAAAGAAACGUAGGGACGUUUUAGGAAAAUUCGUUUAAUUACAGAGUAAACUGACAUAUUAUUUAUCAAUCUGUGACCUGUUGAUAAAAGUGAUAUCGUAUGAAAUUAGUACUUCUCAGUAUAACAUGAACUAAACCUGUGUUAUAUAAAAAUCGUUAUCCAGUGUUUCAAUGAUUUUCUAGUCAAUAUCAAGCCUGGUACGGCAGAUGGCAUUGAAUAUUGGAUUGUGCAUAUUCAUUGUGUUUUCUGUAUUUUAUACCGCAACCUGUGACAUUAUGCCAAUUAGUACUCCAAAUUUGUAAAUUGAUAUCGCUACUUAUUAAAAUACUUCACACUACAGCUAUCGGAUUAUGUAUUUCCCAGAUGUAUAUGACAAUACUGUGGCCACAUGAAGCGAGGACUCAAAAUUCCAGUUUGUGAGAACAAAGAUAGGAAAUUAAUUAAAGCAUACUGUAAUUAAGAAGAAAAGUAUACAAGAUGUCCGCUACCGUGUCCUGCCAUGGUUAUGUGGGUGUCGAACCACCUGUACCGAGACGGCGUGCUAAUUCCUUUUGUGCAAGGCGAAGAUCUUCUGUCUCGCAGGCAGCUGCUCUUACAGCACGAAUGAGCAGAUUUUCUUUAGUUGAACCUGCGAGAGAAGAUGGGACCAGCAGGCUGAGGUUGAGGGUGAUUGCUGGGCACCAUCUUGCGAAAAAAGACAUUUUUGGUGCAAGUGAUCCAUAUGUUCGCAUUGAUCUGAACACCAUAAGAGGAAAUGAGACUGUGGACUCGAUACUUACAAAAACUAAGAAGAAGACAUUGAAUCCUAUUUGGGAAGAAGAGUUCAUAUUUAGAGUUAAACCAGUGGAACACAAGCUGGUGCUGCAAGUAUUCGAUGAAAACAGAUUGACGAGAGAUGAUUUCCUUGGAAUGGUAGAACUGACGUUGAUUAACUUACCAAAAGAACAAGAAGGCCGAACCAUUCCUGUUAAACAGUAUAUACUUAGACCUCGCAGUAAUCAUUCCAGUCAGCGGUCAAGAGUUAAGGGGACGUUGGAAAUAUAUCAUGCUUAUAUUUCGGACUCGCCGGGCGUAGAUACCGGAGAAGGUGAAAAUGCACCUGAUUCAGGAGGAUGGGAAUUGUUGGAUCAACCUGCACCUGUAUCAAAUAACAGCCCUGUGGAGCAAGCUUCAGAGGUGGUAAUAAUAAAUGGUCCACUGCCUCCAGGUUGGGAAGAAAGGCAAGAUGCGAAUGGCAGAACAUAUUAUGUCAAUCAUAUAGCUAGAUUUACUCAAUGGGAACGACCAACGACAAAUCAAGUUCCUACUGGCGGAAUAACCACAGAGCAACGAAACUUGGAUACGGCAGCAACGGAAUUCCAGCGACGAUUUCACAUUAGUGUGGAUGACGCAGAAAGUCGGCCCAGAAGUUCCGUCAUCAAUCAGGACGGUGAAGUUGCUCGGAUGGAGGAUGAGGAUGUGGCUGGAAGGGAAUGUCAGGGUGGGGAAAACGGGGAAAGGGUUCUUGGGGAUGCUUCUUCGGACUCCGGCCGCUCUGUCGAUCAACACGGCUACUUGGGUGAAUGCGAUGAACAGAGCGAUGACAAUGUGGAUAGCCCAGCUGGUUCUAGACGGUCAUCGGAGCAGAUCGAGAGUCCGAAGGCUCCGACGAUCCCUGCCUUAAAAGGAGAAGGACUUCCCCCAGGAUGGAGUAUGCAAUUGGCUCCAAAUGGCAGAAUGUUCUUUAUAGACCAUAAUAAGAGGGCCACGACGUGGGUUGAUCCCAGAACUGGCAGACCUAGUGCUAUACCUAGUCAUAAUGCACCUUCUACCACCCCCAGAAGUGAUUUAGACCAACUUGGACCUCUACCUGAAGGCUGGGAAGAAAGAGUACACACUGAUGGAAGAAUAUUCUUCAUUGAUCACAAUACGAGGACAACGCAAUGGGAAGACCCUCGCAUGUCUAAUCCACAGAUCGCUGGACCGGCUGUUCCUUACUCCAGAGAUUACAAGCGCAAGUACGAAUACUUAAAGUCUCAACUUAGAAAACCGAAUAACGUACCUAAUAAAUUUGAGAUCAAGGUGGGGCGAACGAACAUCUUGGAAGAUUCAUACCGUAUAAUUAGUUCAGUUAAUAGAGUUGAAAUUCUAAAGACGAAAUUAUGGGUUGAAUUCGAAGGUGAAGUUGGUUUGGAUUAUGGUGGACUUGCACGCGAAUGGUUCUUCUUGCUUUCGAAAGAGAUGUUUAAUCCGUAUUAUGGACUUUUCGAGUAUUCUGCCAUGGACAAUUAUACCCUUCAAAUUAACCCUUUCUCUGGAGUAUGCAACGAGGAACAUUUGAAUUACUUUAAGUUCAUUGGACGUAUCGCAGGCAUGGCUGUUUAUCACGGAAAACUGUUGGAUGCUUUCUUUAUCCGACCGUUCUACAAAAUGAUGUUGGGCAAGACAAUUGACCUUAAGGACAUGGAAAGUGUGGACUCAGAGUACUACAAUUCUUUAUUAUGGAUCAAGGAGAACGAUCCCAGUGAAUUGGAAUUAACGUUUUGCGUUGACGAAGAAAGCUUUGGACAUACAUCACAAAGGGAGCUGAAGCCGAAUGGUUCAAACGUGCCGCUGACGGACGAGAACAAGGACGAGUACAUAAGUUUAGUUAUUCAGUGGAGGUUCGUCUCCCGUGUACAGGAACAGAUGAAUGCCUUUCUCGAAGGUUUUAACGCGCUGGUACCGCUGACCUUGGUGAAAAUAUUUGACGAAAAUGAAUUGGAAUUGCUAAUGUGCGGAAUACAGCAUAUCGAUGUAAAGGAUUGGAAGCAGAAUACUCUAUACAAAGGAGAGUAUCACGCGAACCAUAUUACGGUGCAAUGGUUUUGGAGAGUAGUCCUGUCCUUCAAUAACGAAAUGAGGGCGAGACUUCUACAGUUCGUAACUGGAACUUCUCGUGUGCCCAUGAACGGCUUUAAGGAGUUGUAUGGCAGCAACGGGCCGCAGUUAUUCACGAUCGAGAAAUGGGGCAUUCCAGAUAAUUAUCCCAGGGCUCACACGUGUUUUAAUCGAAUAGACCUGCCGCCAUAUGAAAGUUAUCAGCAACUCAGGGAUAAACUAAUUAAGGCGAUUGAAGGCUCGCAAGGAUUUGCUGGGGUGGAUUAGCGCGAGAUACCAUUUUUUAUUAUGAUACCUGUAAUAUAAUGUAUAUAUAUAUAUAUAGAAUUAUAUAGGUAUAUAUUUACAUACACGCGUAGGAACACCCGUAUAAGCCAUCUUAUAACGAUUACUUACUAUAUAAACUGCACUUUAAAUCAACUUAAUUAUUUUAAAAGUUCACCGUCAUAUCUCUUCUACAUUGAACUCAGUACACAGCUCAGCUUUAGAUGUAUUAGCUUCUCACUUUCACCUGUUAUAACCUUACUAUAAUGUUAAAGUCAUUAAUAUUUAACAAUAAUAAUCGAUUAUAGUUCGAUACGAGUUGCCCGAGAAGGUAUGAUCGUUAAUUCUGUAAUGGUCAUGGGAGAUUUUCUCGAAUGUAAUAUUUUAUUCAAGCGUGCCUUGAUUGAAGCGGCACCGUUGGAAAAUUACGCAACUUGUUAGGGUGCAAAAUCAUGGACAAAGUAUUUUUCAAGCUGUAAUUCUGUGCAAUCGAUUGUCGGUUUGACCCGUCACGCUUCAACGUGACGCUUUAGUGUUGUAUCUUAGAAAUCAAUGAUGAUUGCAAAGUGAUCAAUUAAAAAUGUACCAGCAAUGAAUUUGAAAUAUUGUUGAACAUUUAUACUUCACUUAAUAGAACCGAUUGCUUGUGUAUAAUGUUACAUUCUAAAUUUUUCCCGAUGUUUAAACGAAGAUCGUUUGGUAAUCAUACGAUGCUUCAUGCACCUUAUUAAGUUUGUCCAACAUAAUUAUUAGAGUACUCACCGAUAGCAAAGCAUUAUUCUAUACGGAUUGAAGAGUUCAUGCAAAGGAGUAAAUAAGUGUAAAAAAAUUACAAUUUUAUAGGGAUUACAAAUGGUUGUAUUUAAAGGUGGUUCAGAGUAACAUUUCUUUUUGGAAUAUAAUUCUAGGAAUAGGCAUUUUACGGCAAUUACCUUGAUCACCAUCAAUUGAUUUUUUCAUGCUAUCAUAUUAACUAUUUUUUUAAAUCAUAACCCUGGCAUUUACAUCGUUUCUAUGUCCUGCUCUUGAAAUGAAAUUACUAAGCGCAUGGAAAUUUACAACUAACUUGCGAUUAGCUUUAAGCGAACAACCUAAUCAUCUUUCCAGUUCGCUAGUACACGAUGCUGGUGACAUGAUGGUGGUAAUCCAUAAAUUAAAUGCGGUUUCUCAGCAGUACAGUAUUUUUGUAAACCCUUCAUUCGGGCAUAAUAAUUGCACAAGAACAUCCAUUGAUUACCGUCGCAAGCAUCGUUCGCAAAAUUCAUAAUUAUAUUUAAAAAACCUCCCAUAAUUGUUCUCCGGCAGAAUCGGUCUUGUGUAAAGGAAAGAUUCCUACAAAUUUCCAAAACCGUUUUGUCCGCAGGAACUGUUAUCAAAAUUCUGAACAUUUCAUCAAAAUCAUGCGGCCCAAAUUGACUUCUAAAUAAGAUGUUAAACUCGCCUGAGUAUUCUUAAUUUGGUCUGUGUGGCUUUAAAUAUAGACAUGAUUAAGUAGAACGGACGGUCAAUUUAAUCCGAGUAUGUGGACUCGCGUUUCUCUAUAUCUUUAAUUUGACACUCUUAAAAUCAAUUCCUAUACAUUGAGCCGGUUCCUUUCUUUUCUUCCCACGAUAUUUUAAUUUAUAAGUAACACCAAAUGAUGUACCCUCGUGUGCAUCAGUUCCCGGAUUAACAAAUACUUGUCUAUUAUGUUAAAGUCAUUAAAAUAUAUUUUCUUGUAUACUUAUCUGUUGUGAGUACUAAAGAAGAUAUAAUGGAAUAACUUUACUGAUAGUGUCUGUUCAUUAAAAUGCUCUCAGUUCAGAGAUGCCCGCUUCUUUGUACUUUCAUGGAUAAAAUAUAAAAGAAACUACGUACUCUUGUCAUAUAUUGCUCUAACUAUAUGCAAUGCGACGUUUUAUUUUUUGUUGUUGUAAUCAUGAUGCUACAAUUAUAAUGGUGCCACAAUGGCGCUCAUAGUGUGUAUUAAAGAGAUUAAUGCCAAGCAGCUUCGAUGCGAUGUGAGUGCUAUCGGAAACCCAUUAUAAACGCGCAAUUAUCUCGAGAAGCAGCUGGUACAAAACAAUAUUUCCAGCGUAUUAGGAGAAAAAUCAAAUGACGUAAUCUUACUGAAAUAUGUAAAAAGGAGAGAUUAAAACAGAAUGCCGUACGUAUAAAGAUCGUCCACCGUCUUUCAUGACAAGUAGCGGUAAUUCGUAGUUGAAAAGAUUAUCAAUUGGAGUACAAGACGUUCACGCAGUUUUCAAGAAUGAAUUAAAUUGGUAGUUAGCAACGAAAUGAAAAUCUUGUCGGCGACAAUACACAAGAUACGUGUGAAUUUGAUACAUUCCAUCCUGCUUGUACAGAAUUGUUACGUUAUGUAGACUUUUUAACACGCCCCGUUACAUAUUAAACAUUAUUCGUAUUACCGUUGUAAGCGACAACGAAGCGGUUGCAACGUCUGUAACAAUUAAUCCGUUCUUCGCAUAGCUAUUUCCUUUUACAUUAAGAAUAGUAGUUCGCCGAAUUGUACAUUCACAGCGCCCAUUUAUUUUCUUUUUUUUUUCCCGUAAUUCCACGUGAUUAAUUAGCCCGAUCUUCGAGUGUAUUUGCACUUUGGAACGUACAUCAAAACACUAAACAUGUUUGCGAUCCUUGAAUCCGGAAGAUCCGGCUAAUAGUUAUUAACACGAGGCUCUAAGAUGUCUAUACGUCUGCGACUGAGACAUUCGAGUCAUAUAUUUACAGCAUAUACACGUAAUCAUACCGCUCGAUUAAGGAAGCAUACGUUGUACUGGGUAUGACACUAUACUUAAAGGAGGAGCUUUUAACAUGGAAUAAAUAUGCCAUAAGUUAAUUGUAUCAAAUCUGAACGACUCCGCUUUUAACACGGUGAUUGAGGAGGUACUUUCCUGUCAGCUUUGUUGACGUUUCGAUCGAUAUUAUUACUGGCCAAUAUAAAUAUUGGUUAUACCCAGAGAUACAGAUUUUUGCGAAUUAUAUUGGCGAACAGUGGUCGGUACAAUCCGUCUUUAGUUUUGAUAUUAAUGCGUUGGCUGUCAAUGUAACUGCCGUGGAUGGUGUUGGCAGCGAACGUGUUAAAAGCCUUAAAUCGAGAGACGUAGAAGAUGGACUACCCCAUGAAUGUCGAUAAGAGUCUUAGUUGUAAUGGAUUUCGAACACGAUUAAUAUUAGCUCUUAAUCCUGCUGUAUUCGGCGAAAAUUUCAUUACUGCAUUUUCUACCUAUUCAAGAUAAAGGCAAUACUGUGUGCAAACGAGGUGUAUUAGAAAAAAAGUUUAUACUGAAAAUGUUCCAAACAAUGUAGCGAGUGAUUUUUGUUCGGUAUGUCUUUUGACAUCGGGUACUGUUAAUAUUAAACAAUGUUUUUAUCCUAUGGAAUAGAAAUGACAGUUGAAGAUUUUUCGCUUAGCAUGGUCGGACUGGUUUGAAAAUACGGAACUUUUUCGAUUAAAUUUGUAUUGUUUUAAUUCAACACGUCACUCGAGCAAUUAUAAAGUUACAAUAAUAACUGAAUAAUGUAAGUUAUGAUGAUAACGGGUUUGCGUUAAUAGACGAACCGUGUCAUGUUUUUCAUGCGAAACUGAAUGGACAUCACGUAAUUGGAUUUUCAAAUAAUUGCUCGAGUACGUACGGUACAUCGUAUUGUUGUUUUGUUGUAUCCAAGUUCCUCUUUUAUAAAAUUAUAUGCGUGCAAUGAUAAUUAGUAUUACGGAAUACAACGCGAUAUCCAUUGUAACGAGAACUUGUUAAUAUAAUACUGCAAUUUGUACACUCCUUUCCACGUUUGCCAUUUCAACGUUUAUCCACAACAUUUAUUUACACUUUUAAUUAGGUAUAUAUCGUCGAUUAUUCUUCGCGUAUACGAUAUAACCACAAAGCGCGAAAUCACACCAAGGGACACCUUACUGCAAAGUACACGUGCAAUUCGAAAUUAUAUAUACCUUUUAUUCGCGUGUAAAUAUAAGAAACAUAUUAAUUAUAUUCUGUACAAUAUUAAAAUAGAAAUCGGUCCGACGACCAUUUCAAUUGUAAUCAGGAAAAAGCUAUACUGUGCCGUAUUCAAAGAAACACGUAGACUUUGGACUUUGGAAGUUUUCAUUAAUCGGAAAGCUCUCGCGGAUCCGAGCGAGAUAAAGGCCCGUGCGUUUUUCGAAUACAAGCAUUAGUUUCUACAGUGAUAAAUAAUCCUAGGCUUAACGAGUCGGAAUGAAACGCAAUGACGUCUCAAGGCAGGAUUGUAAGACAUCGAUAUAGUAAUUUAUUAAAAUAAGAUUCCGAAGCGAAGUUCAUUCGUACUUGUAUUAUUGUAUAAAAAUGAAAUAACCGCAAAUAAAUUACAUCAGAAACGA